AUGUUGCAACAUCCUACUCAUCAUUUUCCCCAUCCUCCUCCUAAUCAUUUACCCAUUGCUGCAAAUAUUUCUCCACAAUUUGCUAACACUAAUGUGCUUCAAUCACUCUAUGCAGCCGUUGCUUCAGCAGCUUCAGCGGUUGCUUCAACAUCGAAUUCUGCUUCAAUAUCGAAUUCUGCUUCAGCAACGAAUUGUUCUUCGACUUCAAUUUCAAAACAGCCUUUAUUAAUGGAGAAUAUUAAACACAAAAAACAAAAGCUUCAACCUCCCUUAAAGAAAAGACGGGGAGAGAAGAGAAAAUCUUCCCUAAACAACGCUAUAAUCAGUAAAAAUAAAAAUUCUGCUACAACAACAACAAUGCCUACAAUGGAUUUAAGUUUGCAAAUAUUGCAGAAGGGACAGAAUGAGAGAGCGGUAAAGACUAAGAAGACGACCGUUAACAAUGAAGCAAAUCAAGAAGCAAAUCAGGAAGUCACCCCAAAUCGUUGUGAAAGUCUCUCCCCAUCAAUGGGCAAACUCAAUUCUUUAAUUACCAAUCUGUUAGCAAUCAAAGGGGGAAACAACAACAGCAACAAUAUCAAACAAGAACACAGUCCUGGUGAUGAUUAUGAUGGGAAUAAUGGAGGAGAGUCUUCUUCAGCUUCUGAAAGACGAAAUAAACGAAAAAUGCGUACUCCUGCACGUGCUGCAGAAGUUGCUGCAGCUUUGAUUAAUGAAAAGAAGCUUGGAAAUGUUGCUUCUGCUUCUAAUGAGAAUAAUAAUGGUUCUGUAACAAGCCAACCGUCGCCUGCAGUUUCCGAUUCACAAACUAGCAGUGGGGGAAGCAAUGGCAACAACAACGAUGAACAUCAACAACAACAUAUGGAUUUUGAAGCAAAUAAGGAUGAUGGUCCAUCAACGUGGAUGUGCUCUUCUUGUCAGGCAGGUUCUUUUAUUAAAAUAUCGCGAAAAUUUUUGGGCAUUUUGAAAGUAGGCAAAUUGUCUUUGGACAUUUUUGAGUGGGGGCCAAAUGGAAAUUGGACGAAAUGUCCAUUUUUCCUUAAAUGGACGAAAUGUCCAUUUUUCCUUAAAUGGACGAAAUGUCCAUUUUUACUUAGUUGGACAAAAUGUCCAUUUUUACUUAAUUGGACGAAAUGUCCAUUUUUACUUAAUUGGACGAAAUGUCCAUUUUUACUUAAUUGGACGAAAUGUCCAUUUUUACUAACUUGUUAA